UUAUUAUCUUUCAUUUAGCACACAGAUCUAGCACAGUGCAUGGGCCAGCAUCCCGGAGGACUUCAUUCACACAAUAUUAUGCUUUUUGUGUUCCAGCUUUUGCACAGCCUGGCUUACGUAUAUGUGACAAUCCUCCAACAACACAUUCUUCACUAUGAUCUGAAACCCCAGAACUUGCUCAUCAGUUGCCUUGGUGAGCUCAAAUUAGCCAACUUUGCUGAGUCACAGGGUGCAGGCUGUAUAUUUGUUGAAAUGAUCCAGGGCCAGCCGAUAUUUGCAGGAACUUCUGCUACUCUUGAGCAGCUGGCAAAGAUCUGGGUGGUAUUGGGAGUCCCAACUGAGGACACCUGGCCAGGACUUUCCAAGCUCCCCAACUAUAACCCAGAACCGGUUGCCUCCAGAAGACCUCAGAGACUCUGAGUCAUCUGUGACAGGCUGAGCAGGGUUCCAGCGGCAGAGGAUUUGGCCUCCAGGAUGCUUACAUCCUUCCCUAGAGGCCAGAUCUCUGCGCAAGGUGCACUGCUUCAUGGCUUCUUCAGCCCUCUGCCUCCCCAACUCUACCAGGUUCCUGCUGGACAAUCAGUGCUCACAGUUCCAGGAGUGAGACUGCAGCCUGAAAUCUGUGACCUGUUUGCUUCUUACAGAAAAGGCCAUGUCUCAGGAAGUUCAAGCAAGUUUUGGUAG